AUCUGACUAGUCUGUUGUCAUUAGAGCUUAUCUUCCUUGAUUUCCUUGAAUCGCUACCGCAAAAUCUUUGAGAUAGUGUUUUCACUCUGAUUAGCCUUUCGUGGGCAAGGAGCAGUGCAAUCCUGUGGUCAAAGUUUGUUAUUUGUUAUCAUCAAAUCGGUGCCAAGUUGUCAUCGAUAGUUGCUGCUGAAUCUCAACCGACCACCCACAAUCAUCAGCACCAAAAACGUCAACAUCAACCGGCAUCCAUCGGAUUAUUCGAGGGGGAGCUUUUUCUUGCACGACACGCACGCAGUGAUAAACAAGUGUGAUAGACUCUGGAGUGCCGAACAUUUUGGGGAUACACACAUUGGACUGUCACGUGUUUUGUUUUUAAGGAACGCCGAGAAGAAUUCCGGGAGAGACGUUAAUUAGUCUGAUUAUUUCGAACGAGUCCAGGAGGGGUUUUGUUUUAGUUGAAAAGCUUUUUCGUUAGUUUCUUAAAGCGGGGGUAAAGUUGCAAUCAGUGAAUGUGUUAGGCUGUUAGUUUAGUUUAUUGAUAGAUCAAAAUUUUCUGUUACUUUUUCUAAAUUGCUUCUAAAUUGGGUUACGCUUUCAAUUUUGGCCUGUUUGAAUCAAGCAUCUUACUAUAGUUGAAUUAGGCAUACUUUUGCUAAGCCGAUCGAUCGCGCGCUUCCGAGCAAUGCUUUAAAUGUGCCUUGUCGAACUGCAAUCGGUAAUGGAACAUACGCCGGUGUCCUCACCCACGACGGUUUCGAGCGGUGGUGUCAUAGUUCAGAGUAGCGCCCAGGUGGACGAUGGCGGUAGUAGUACUAGCUUACUUUUGGUAGGGGGCAGCACAGGGGCAAGUAGUGCAGUAGUGGGUAGUCUUUCCGAUAACAAUCUUAGCUCGACGACGACGACGGCGACUCAGCAUACGACGCCGGGAAGUGGAGGAGGAGCGGGAGGAGUAGCCGGUAGCAAAUCGAAGAUCAUUUCGUCGGCGGCCGGCUCGACGACGGCCACUCCGGUUAAGGGGUCCUCGGGAACGUUGACCACCAGCUCGGCGGCCACCUCCUGCGUACCGAGUCCGGUACUUAGUCCGGCGCGCAAGGUCUGGGGCCGGAACAACAACGGAACGAUGGUUGAAACUUCCACCCCGUCGAAUGAAGCGGAACUCCAGCUUUACAGGGUAUUGCAGAGGGCAAGCCUUCUGAACUAUUACGAUACGCUGCUUGAAAUGGGUGGAGAUGACCUGCAGCAGUUGUGCGAGGCUUGCGAGGAGGAAUUUUUGGAAAUAAUGGCGCUAGUUGGUAUGGCUUCGAAACCUCUCCACGUACGACGUCUCCAAAAGGCGCUCCAAGAAUGGGCCACCAAUCCAUCGGCCUUUCAGAGUCCCCUGACAAGCGUUGAUACACCUUCACGGUUGACGUACAGCCCUGGUCCAGGUUCGAUAUCACGCAGUGUCAGUAACUAUCCGACGGCUUCGGCUCCAACUUCCAGCUACAGCUCCAAUCCGUCCUCGGUGUCAAGCAUCCACCCGUCCUCGCUGGGUCAUUUGGCAACCAGUUUGAGUAGCAGUAUCAGCAGCAACAUGGUCAGCCCGAUCGGUUCGACCACAACAUCUUCCCUUCAGCUUACCCCAAGCCUAACCGAAGAUCAGGUGGCAAAAAUUGUCCAAGCGUCAGAACGACUCUCACGGACGAUCCCUCGUCACCUUGAACCUCGACAGCAAAACGUCAAAAAACGCACCACCCGGGAUCUCGAACAGGUGAUCGCCAUGAACGAAAACGAUCCCCGCCGGAUGGAGGAGAUCCGCAAGUUUUCUGCCAUCUAUGGUCGGUUCGAUUGCAAACGGAGACCGGAGAAACCGCUGACCCUGCAUGAGGUGUGCGUCAAUGAAGCGGCCGCUCAGAUAUGCAAGUAUGUACCUGCUCUGCUUACCCGGCGAGAUGAGCUUUUCCCCCUAGCUCGGCAGGUCGUCAAGGAGUGCGGUUUCGGACAUUCCGCCAGCAUCCGGCUCACGGGACUGUGCCAAACUCAGCCGAAUCGGCACGACGAUCUGGACACGGCUCAGCAGAUGAAACGUGCCCGACUCUCGAGCGACACCAGUUCCGACAUGGGAAAGCAUCCACCCACCACGCAGUAUAUGUGCUUAUAGAGGGGCUACCCGCUAGAGCUUGGGCUAGGGCUGGACGAAAUUGCCACCACCAGCACCGCCAAUUGCGCCUGGAAGUCUGCAAACCACGUGUGUGCGUGGAAUGUGGAAUCCCACGGGGCGGGCAGAUUCGGUGCGACGGUGUGGCAAUCCAGCUGAAGCUGAUGCUAGAAAACGCUUAAUAACCAUCCUAAAAACCUGCUUCUAAUUGGCCUCCCUCCAUCCAUUGCUUAGUGUUUAAUGCGCCUUUAGGACUAAAAACUGCUGGCUUUCGUUGUUAUACCGUUGCUUGUUGAGUUUCUUAAGUUGAGCAUUUAAGUAUCUUUUUAUUUAUUUAUUACUAAUUUAUUUACCUUCGUUGAUGCUUAUUAUAGUUUUGCUUAAUUUGACUUAUUUAUGUUUUCGUGUUAAAUAUUUGAGAAUGUUGUAAAAACUAGUGCAUGUAUCGUAAUUUUUCGUGUUAAAUAAUAUAGGAAGUAUUGGAAGAUUUGAAGCCAUUUCAACAAUUCAAUUGUAUUAAAAAGAGGCUUUCAGCAUGUCAAAAUCUUCAUAAAUAUAACCUGCAAUCUAUACUUGAUAAACUGUGUGAUAAAAGUGCCUUAGGGUCUGUGGUCAAAUAGUUGUGUCACACAAAAUGACUAUUUUAUUUUGACAUCCUUGAACAGGUGAAGAUUUUCACAAGUUUACCAAUACUUAUGUAAACAUAUUUACCUAUCUGGGUGCGAUGAUCAAUCGAACUUAUCCCAAAUCAUUAGAGUUUCAACAUUUUGAGACUUGGAUAACGUUUGAUUUAACUCCCAAUUUGACUUUAUUAAAACUAAGGAUGGAAUAUUUUUUUAUCCUUUCAAAAAUCUUCCUGGGUCAAUGUUUUAUGUUAAAUUCAAAUGUGUAGUAAAUUAUCUUCGUUAUUCUUUGACAACCAUCUUAAUAUUAGCUCUGUUCAUUGAUAGUUCUGUAGAUCGAAAUGAACAAUGGGCAGACCUAAUAUUUAACCUUUCGUUGUCAACUUCCUUUAGUGAAGUAGGAAUUUCGCAAACCCAAAGUUAGCUAUAACUAAGUUGAGAACAAAAUAAAAGUUUAGUAAGAGAGAUAUAUUCGUCCAGAUAAUUUGAGAUCCAGCUUUAAGCCGUUAACUCAAAAAUGUCUGUUAUUCUGAAUUUUCUUCAGUUCAAAAACAAAAUCAAUGAUUAAAAUAAUAUGAAAAAAAACUAAGAUACGACUAACAAAUAGUUUUCAACAACAACGAAUUGUUUCUAACUGCAUUUACCGCGAAUUAUCUGCAUGAAUGUAUUUCUCCGAAACCAAGUAAAAACUGAUUCGAAUAGAAAUUGCAUGGCUUCGCAAACGCAACGCAAAAUCAGAAGAAAAAUUUUGUGAGAUUGAGUGGGAUUUCAAAGAAGUGGCAUAAGAA